UACCAGAGCCUGCUGCCAGUGUGGUACACCAUGCUCUCCCAGUUCAUAAUCUACGACCCUAGCAGUAGCACAUGCGAGAAAGAGCAGGUUCGUGGCGCAGUAGGGCAACCUGUGUGUGCUCAGCCAGUCUGGGGCUAUGGUCCGGACCAACAAUAAACGUUUGGUGGCUGGCGUCGUGUCGAAUCACUCGCCGGCAGGCGGCGCUCCGGAUCGACAAGAUGAAGAAACAACCCGACACGCCAGCGUCCAGAGCUGCAGGAACGCAAAACGCUAUCGGAAGUGCCGCCCCCAAUGGCGAGUCGAAGUCGAGCGCCGGCCCCCGCGAUUUGCGGCACGACACGACGUCGUUGGGAACAAGGACACGAAAGCGGUCAGCCUGCCGCCAAGCCCAACGCAUGUGCCAUUGGUUUCUUGUCACUCAACUUUACUUGGCCCAGCAUUGUCGGCCAUUUCGUUUUGUCCGUUUAUUUCUUUUUGCCCCCCACCUAGGGCCGUUGUCUGAUGUCUGGUGGGUGCCUGACGUCUGCUACCGUGGCAACACCGCCUUCUUGGCCUUGGGGGGCCCGUUACAACUUACGUAGUACAGCGCUUGAUUGCCUGUCCAGUCGGCGGGUGGCUUCAUGAACCGAACUAAAGUGUCUGAAGCCCUGGGACUGACCCCCGCGAGCAGGAUAGUUUGCGGCUGACGACUGGAGCAUCCACUGCUAUUUCCUUGGCCGUACGUCGACCGGGCCGAAGGGCUCACCCAUUCGACACUGGGGGUUCCCACCCCGGGCAUCGGCCGAGGAGUGGAGUGAGGCGAGCAGGAGGCAAGCAGGAGACGAGCCCUCAUGACACCAUCGUUAAGCGAUGCAAUAGGGUACUCGUGUCGAGGCCUCCUGGGAUGGUUCAAGGGCUGGUUGACGAAUGACGCGGCUGCGAAGGCAUCCGGCUACCGGAUAUCCAUCUCUCCUUCCCCCUUGUAGAGGA